AUGGCCGGUUGGGACGCUGGUUACCGCGCGCAGCUGGCUGGCUCGGGCGGACCGGGUUCGCCCGGUGGCGCAUUGAAGGCUCUGGCAGCAGCGCUGGUGCGAAAGGGGGAGCGCGCAGGGGUCCGAAAGCUGCAGCCGAGGCCGAGGCUACGAAAGGCGGACAGGGGGCGAGAUUGCGGGAGAUCUGCGGCCAGGCAGGCAGAGAGGCAGAGAGGCAGGCAGGCUGUGCUGUGCUCUGGUGCUCGCUGGAGAUCAUUAGCAGAAAGCGAGGAGGAGAAGGCGAAGAUCCCCUGCCUAUGGGAGCCAUCGCUUAGCGCGGAUGAAGGACGGGCCAUUGUUCCUCGCUCGCUCGCUUUGUUUACUUUUGUUUUGUUCUGUUUUUAA